CCCCAGCAGAAGCUCUUCACCAUGGACGUGGAUGAAGAGGAGAACAUGAGUUCGAGCAGCACCGACGUAAAGGAAAACCGUAACCUGGACAACGUCUCCUCCAAAGAGGGGGAGGCUGUGGCUGAGCAGCUCCCCAACGGCAGUGGCGGGGGCAGCAGGAAGCGUCCCUUAGAGGAGGGAAACAAUGGCCACACGCACUCCAAGUUCCGGGCCAAGAAGCGUAAGAAAACGCCAGGCCCGGUUCUACCCAAGAAUGCCCUUAUGCAGCUGAAUGAAAUUAAGCCGGGGCUGCUGUAUAAGCUGCUGUCUCAAACGGGUCCAGUCCACGCUCCCGUGUUUGUCAUGACCGUCGAGGUCAACGGGCAGCUGUUCGAGGGCUCAGGUCCCACCAAGAAGAAGGCCAAGCUGAAUGCGGCAGAGAAGGCCCUGCGCUCCUUUGUCCAGUUCCCCAACGCCUCCGAAGCGCACCUGGCUAUGGGCCGGACACUGACAGUCAACACGGACUUCACAUCCGACCAGGCCGACUUCCCAGACAUGCUCUUCAACGGGUUUGAGACGCCCGCACAGCCCGAGGACUCCUUUUACCUGGGCUCCAAUGGCAGCGGCUGCUUAAACUCGCUGGGAGAGUACUCCAUUUCUUCCAACCCAGGUGCUAACUUAGCCCAGGCCCUGUUGCCCCCUCCCUCAUCCUUCACCUCGCCCUCGAGCGGCAAGAACCCUGUCAUGAUCCUCAAUGAGCUGAGGCCGGGCCUCAAGUAUGACUUUUUGUCCGAGAGCGGCGAGAGCCAUGCAAAGAACUUUGUCAUGCAGGUGUCGGUGGACUCACAGCAGUUUGAGGGCUCUGGACGAAACAAGAAGCUGGCCAAGGCCCGGGCCGCCCAGGCAGCCCUCUCAGCCCUCUUCAACAUGCAGCUGGACCAGACGCCCUCCCGACAGCCCAUCCCCAGAGAGGGACUGCAGCUCCACCUACCCCAGGUCCUCGCCGACGCAGUCUCUCGCCUGGUUGUGGACAAGUUCAGCGAGCUGACGGACAACUUCACUUCCCCCCACGCGCGGCGGAAAGUCCUGGCAGGGGUCGUCAUGACAACAGGCUCGGACGUGAAAGAGGCCCAGGUGAUCUGCGUCUCCACGGGCACCAAGUGCAUCAACGGCGAGUACAUGAGCGACCGCGGCCUGGCGCUCAACGACUGCCACGCAGAGAUUAUCGCCCGCCGCUCGCUCAUCCGGUACCUCUACGCCCAGCUGGAGCACUUCCUAAGCAGCAACAAGGAGGAACAGCUGAAGUCUAUAUUCAUGCGCUGUGACAAGCGUGGCUACCGGCUAAAGGAUAACGUCCUGUUCCACCUCUACAUCAGCACCUCGCCCUGCGGAGACGCACGCAUCUUCUCACCGCACGAGGCCGGCAUGGAAGACCAAGGAGACCGACACCCCAACCGGAAGGCGCGAGGCCAGCUGAGGACCAAAAUAGAGUCUGGGGAGGGGACCAUCCCCGUGAGGACCAGCAACACCAUCCAGACAUGGGACGGGGUGCUGCAGGGAGAGAGGCUGCUCACCAUGUCCUGCAGUGACAAGAUCGCAAGAUGGAACGUGCUGGGCAUCCAGGGCUCUCUGAUGAGCUACUUCACGGAGCCCAUCUACUUCUCCAGCAUCAUCCUGGGCAGCCUGUACCACGCCGACCACCUCUCCCGGGCUAUGUACCAGCGCAUCGCCGACAUCGAGGACCUGCCCCAACAGUUCAGCCUCAACAGGCCUCUACUGAGCGGCAUCAGUAACGCGGAGGCGAGGCAGCCGGGCAAGGCACCCAAUUUCAGCGUGAACUGGGCGGUGGGCGACCAGGCGCUGGAGGUCAUCAAUGCUACCACGGGCAAAGACGACAUGGGGCGUGCCUCGCGCCUCUGCAAGCACGCCCUCUACAGCCGCUGGGUUCGCCUGCAUUCCAAGCUGUCAUCCACACUGAGGAUCAAGGUGUCCAAGCCCAGCUCGUACCACGACGCCAAGCAGGCGGCGGUGGAGUACCACAACGCCAAGCAGACGCUCAUCAAGGUCUUCCACAAGUCGGGCCUGGGGGCCUGGGUGAAGAAGCCCACCGAGCAGGACCAGUUCUCCCUCAACUCCUGAUUAGGGGGUUAAUGGGAACCUCCUAACCCAACCCACUGCACCCCAACCCCCUCUCUAGGCCUGAGAAAGAGGCUCUUCGAAAUUACCAGCCACUGAGACUUUGUGUCUGUGUGCGUGCGUUUGUGUGUGCCUGCAUGCGUGUGCCUUGUGCAUGCGUGUGUGUAUGUCUGUGUGUUUGUGAGAAAUAAUGCAUGUGGUUCUGGCCACCUCCCUCCGUCCCAAUUACUCUGCUCUCGUUCCUCAUGGCUGUGAUGUCAUCACUCUGUAAAACGUUUUUUUUUUUUUUUUAAUCGAUGGUACUCAUGUUCAAUCUGCCCGUCUAAUCAUGAAGUCUUGCCAUUUUUAACUGGAAUCCUUUUUAGUCAUUGGUGUUUUAUUUGCAAGACUUUACAUGAAGUUGUCCAUAUGCUAUGUAGUUACUAUAUACGUAUUUCUGUAACCAGAAUGUAGAAUGUACAAAGAUUCUAUUUCUACUAUUCAGUUAAAUGUAAUUACACUAGUAUAAACCCAAAUGCCAUGUGACUUCAUGGUAUCUUUUGAACCUAUUGUAGGAUUUUACCUUUUAAUGUCUUAUUUCAUGACAAUCUAGCCCUUUUAUUAUAAGCACGUAUGAUAUUAUGCUAAAUACAAAUCCAAAAUGUUGGUUACAGUCAUUCAACCAUUAUUCAUUUGAAAUCUUUCCUUUUGGACCUGUUACAUCUAUUUAUUUAUUUGUUGACAUUUCUGGUCAUUCAAUACAUUCCCAUUCCAUACUUGAACAUUGGGCCCUGGUGAAGGCUGUCGACGAUUCCCCUUGAGUCCUUUGACCCGGGGGGGUUGAGGAGAGGUGGGGAUGUGCUGCAUGUUUUUUCUUAUUGAAGUAAGCCAUGGCUUUGCAUGGGAAUGGUGUCAGAGUGCUGCAAGUCGAUUAGGUAGAGAACCACCAGGAUCUGCUCGAGCAAAAAAAUUUUUUUCUGCACAUGGAGCUUUGAAUCAUGUUUCUCUCUUUAAUGUGUUUUGUUUUGUUUUCCUGGAGGGGGCUUGGUUUUUAGGAUUGCAACUUUGGACUUUUUUUGUGUUUGAGAGAUGGAUUACACUGCAACUGAAUAAUGACAGGAAUUCUGUAUUUCUAUCAAUGACACUGCAUAGGAGCUACAUUACACCUUCUUCAUAAGCAUGAUCCUCAUGGACAUUAUGCAUCCAUGCCCUGGGCAUUUAUAAAUGCUUAUGUCAACAACCUCGGAUUGAUAUGUCAUGGUCAUGCCACACAAUACAAGUCCGGUGACAUAACACAUCUUAUGUCAAUCUGGGGUUGUUAUGAAGGUGUAAAGUAGGCCAUAUGUCAUGUCAUUCAUAGCGAGCUGGGAAAUGCAUGUCUCCAAGAGCUUAUGUCAUUAUUUAAAUAACUCUUGUAAGCAACACGAUUGUUGAUUGCUCAUUGUGUGAGUACACUUCCAAGGGAACACAAAGAAACGCAUGAGAGAUUUUACAAAGUUGAGUUUGGUACCACCCACCCACUCAAUGACCAAUCCGUGUUUUCUCAAUCCAAGUCCUAUUGGUCCAUAUACCUGGGUAUUCUCUAAGCCCUCUUCCCCACCCUCUCCCAUGUGUUAAUCUUUUCUAUUUCAACUAUUUCUACCACAUGAUAAACUCUGGAUGCCAGUAAUGACAACUUUCUAAUGUAUUACCUGUGUGCUCUCCCUUAUAGGCUGGUCAUAUACCUCUAAUAUCAGCAUUGUACAUGGCCAGUGACAAACCACAAUGUAAACAGACACACUGCAAAGGAAUGAUUAUUAUGAGAUAUUCUUAAAGUUGGUGUAUUUUUAUAUCUGAUAUAUGUGGUUCAAAACAGCAGGGGAAGGUGCUUGGAGUCCCAGCAGUGUGUGUGUUGUAGGUAC